AAAGUUUGUUCCUCAUUCCACCACCCGCCCCAUAUAGGUACCCACCCACAUCGACGGUCGAGCAGCCCCGGAUCUGGCCAUUAAAGUUCGCGGAAUCAUGCAAGACAUUCUUCACCUCGGUGCUCUGCCACCUGAAUUGUUUGAUAAGAUCUUUCUCGAGCUUGACACAAUCCGUGACCUUGCCAACUUCAUUCACACUGCGCACUUUGUGUACCGUCGCUUCAGGACACAGCGGCGAACCAUCCUCUUUCGAGUUUUUCAAAACGAACUAGGCCCUGUAUUGUACGAUGCCGGGUUCCUGUCCGUCUUCGCCUAUUCGGACCCGGCGGACUACGAACGAUACUACGACUGGAUCUACUUCAUGGCCGGAGUGUACCGGGACAUGUUGCCACAGAACGUGCUACUGUAUGGUAAAGAUCAGCGCGUGAGAGACAACUCUGGCACCCCUACCAUGGAAGAGUUGACGGAGCUCUGCCGGACACUCGGCCUCAUCAAUUUUAUGACCGACACAUACAUUACGACACAGUUAGGGUCCUUCAACCUGGCCGGUGGAGAAGGUACCCCAGCGACAGGACCCCCCUCGCGUCCGGAACGGCACCGCAUCAUGCGAGCCUUCUACCGCCGCCAAAUCGUGAGCAACGCCUGGGCCUCAACCAGACGCCCGGCUCAUUGGGACAAUACGGACUCGAACGCCUUCAGCAAUAUGAGCACAGAGGAGGGCCGGCGCCUCGGCCUGUUUGCCGCCUUCGCCCCGUGGGAGAUGCAGCAGAUCGACCAUGCCAACUGGUUCAUCAUGCGCCUGUGCUGCCUGCUCGUGCACCACGCCGGUGAAGCGGCAGAAGCAGGAGGCGGGCGCAAGAUUCUGCCCACCCAGUUCGGCAACCUCCACGCGCACCUGGGUCACCUCAUCGAGUAUCUGCGCGCACACCGAGGGGUUGCCGAGGCGGCCAUCGGUGACUUGCAGUCCCGGAAAUUGCUCAUACAGGACGAGGGCGUGGAAGAAGAGUUUAUGGAUCGGUACGAGGUGCUCCCGCUGUCGUCCUACUGGCAGAACCACCGGGCGCAAGAGUUCCCCGACCCUGGCUUAGAUAGGGACGAGCAGGAGGGGUUGCUGAUGGGCUAUUUUGUUGGGGACAACCCGGACCAAGUACCGUUUGGCUGGUCGGAUGCGUUGCGGGGGCAUUAUGUUCGUUGGUAUGGCGCGGCGCUCUGUGACAUCCCUUGGCUUCCUCUCUGGGGGAGUAGUGAAAAGGACUGGGCCCAUGCCUCUAGUAUCGAACUUUGGCGGAUCUCCGGUUUCACGCUGUGGGACCAGAAACGGGUCGAGGCGUUGAAGAAGUUGAGCAGGUUCGAAGCUCUCCAAACAGGAUUUGUAAUCGACCGCCCGUGAUGUAGGGGCAGCCGACUCGUCGCCAAGAUAUCUCAUAUCUCUGUUGGCUUCUUUGACACACCAUCCGUAUAUGCCCAUAGACAAGUUGUAGUUGAUAAC